AUGGGAGAAUAUUUAAUUGAACACCGUAAGGAGGGAGCGCUUGUCGCCGAAAUAAGAGGCUGCAGGAUAUUUUCAACGAAGCCUGCUUCUCCCGCUAAACAAUCUUCACUGACACUAAUACUGCAAGACUUGUUUUUACCAAAAGGAUAUCCUAAUUCCGUUUCUCCUGAUUACAUCGCGUACCAGAAGUGGGACACUUUGCAGGCGUUUGCAAGUUCGAUGACAUCUGCACUAGCUACUGAAGCUAUACUUCGUGGAGCUGGAGUGGGGAAUAAAAGUGCAUCAGUGUUAGCUGCCGCCGUUGCUUGGUUGUUAAAAGAUGGUUUGGGCAUGGUUUCGAAGAUUGGUUUUACUUGGUACAGUAGUUCAAAACUAGAUUCUGACUGCAAAACUUGGCGAUUAGUAGCGGAUAUUUUCAACGAUGUUGCUUUUUCGUUGGACCUUUUCGCUCCUAUGUUUCCGCGGGUUUUCACAUUUAUUGUUUGCAUAUCAUCUGUAGCACGUUCUAUCGUUGGUGUUGCUGGAUGUGGAACUCGCGCAGUGGUCGUCCAGCAUCAGGCUAUAAUUGGGAAUGCCGCUGAUGUGGCGGCCAAAGAUAGUGCACAAGAGACUCUUGUUAAUGUUUCCGCUUUAUUGUACAGUUUAAUACUCUUACCAUUGAUCAGUGGAAAUAUUACUGUUACUUGGGUUUUAUACAUCUUAUUCACUUUUAUCCACUUAUCUGCUAACUAUCGUGCUGUAAUGGCUUUAAAUUUGAGAACAUUCAAUCGCAGCUUGCUUUACGUAGUAACAAGGGCAUAUAUAAAAAACGGUUCAGUACUGUCAGUUUCAAAAGCGAAUGCUCGUGAGCCGCUGUUCCAGCGGCUUCCCGGUGUAAGACAUUAUGGCGUAUCACUCAUUGACGUUUUGACGCCUACUUCGAGCACUGCUGCAAGGUUUUUGGAAACCGAUUUUGCUGUUAUGUAUGAUGGAGCGAAAGCUGAGUCUCAAACUGCGUCUUUAGCUAUUUCUUCUGGUAGUUCUUUCGAAGCUCAGGUCAGGGGAGCAUUUUAUGCGGAAUAUGCUCUUGCGACAGGAAAGUUAGUUGCAUUUAUUUUCUUGUAA